ACUUCACCUAUGCAAUGUUGUCUCAAUUUGCAUUUUCAAAAUCCUGGAAAAACACAAUAGGCAUUGAUUUCAAGCUAUAUAGUUUUACCACACCAACAAAAAAAUCAUUUCCACAAGGGUAGUAUAUGCCUAAUCAAGAUUAAGAAAACAAAGAUGAGAUAUCUGUUCACAAUAACAUCAAUCAAGGAAUACGGUGGCAUGAGGUGUCCAUUGAAGUGGCUGUUGAUUUACAUGCUCAUCAACAUAGAUACUACGCAAGUAUUCUGCUACUCUGUUGUGCGAGAACAGUCAGAUACCUGUGGUUUGCAAGACGGUUGUCGGUUAGACCAACAAACUGGAAUCCUCAACUGUAAGGAGCUUGACAUGCGAGAUAUUCCGAGACAAACCUGCCCUGAAGUAAAACAUCUGGAUAUGCGUUAUAAUCACCUGAAAAGGUUUUCAACAGGAAUUGAUGAUUACUACCCAAACCUAAAAGAACUUGAUUUUGGGGCAGCUAAGAUAACCUCCGUCUCACUUAAAGUCUUUGAAAAUUGUAGUACAUUGAUUAAGAUCUUUAUGAAUAGCAAUGCCAUCACAAAUAUUGAAAAAGAUACCUUUGAAGGCUUGACAUCACUUAAAUACCUGUACCUCUCUGGAAAUAAACUUACAAGGAUUCAGCGAAAGAUCUUUGACCCACUGAAUAAAACAUUGCUCUACCUGGACCACUCCCACAAUAAAGUGCAAAAAAUCCAAGAAAAGGCCUUCCAGGAGCUGUCAAGUCUUGAGCGUCUCUUUCUUCAGAACAAUCGGCUGACCACAAUUAACUCUGGGAUGUUGAAAGGCUUGAAAUCUUUGACCCAUCUCUAUCUGUCAAACAAUAAUAUUACUUAUGUGCCACAUGCUGCAUUCAAGGAAAUGCCACUCCUACACGAACUGAAGCUCGGCAACAACCCAGGAUUAAUAUCCAUUCAUUCUGGAGCAUUAAAUCACCUUGCACAGUUAAGGUUCUUGGAUCUCAUGCGGACAGAUAUCUCAACCCUAAAGAAUGUCUCGCAUCUGUUUUCACACAAUUCACAAUUAACAAACUUUUACAUUGCGGAUACACCUUUGGUCUGUGAUGAAAGUUUUAAGUUAUGGGAGACCUGGUAUGAACGUACCAAGUCCGAUCCACUACAGACUGCUACAUGCUCUGAAGUUCCAUCAGAACCAAUGACAACAAUCACAAGGAGACUUUCCUCAGAAGGCAUGACCUACUUCAAUUUCUUGGAAGAGCCAAAUGAUGCAAGACAAAAUCGAAUGCAAGUUUUAAUGAUCACUGCCAUGACUCUAUUGUCUCUAAGCCUUAAUACCUGACAUUUACAAUGAAUCAGGCUGAAAAUUGAAAGUAUAAAAAAAUUAUUUAAAUUAAUAAUUUAAACACUGUAUAUGUACCUGUGAUGAUUUAUAUUAUAUUUAAGAAAGCAUACAGUAUUCAGAUUAUAACAUUGGUUUGUACUGUAUUUCAAAAAAACUUUAAAUUACCAUUCCUUGCCUUACUUUAACAUAUUUAAUACAUAGAACAUUCUAACAUUUAAUUGAUCAUAGAAACAGUGUAAACCUCAUUGGUAAUUUUAGGAACACAUGACACCAUGUAGAAUCCAAGAGGAAUAUAUGGAAGCUUCUAGAAUCUUUGGUACUAUAGAGGUAAAUAAGCCUAAUUGGUUAAUUAUAAUGUAAGGUGACCAAUGAGGAACUUAGGCAAUAUAGAAUGAUCUUGAAUGCUCUGGAAUAGUGCAGCUAGGGUAUAUAAGCUGACAGUUUGAUCUUUCUGGAGCUCUUUUUGAAACACAUGUUUAUGUGAAUGUUAUGUUAUUUUGAUACCGGAUUCUUGUUGGAGUUUAUACAGAAUAAAAGUUUAUUUGAGAGUUGUUUUA